CAAAAGCCGCUCGGUGGCCAUUUAUUGGUUUGCCUUGUCGCACGGUUCGCGCAAUUCGCGCAAUUCGCGCAAUUCACGCAAUUCGCUCAAAUCGCGCGCGACGAGAACCGCGGGGUUCCAAGGGGGUGACGGCGUACGUUUUGUUUUGUGGCUCGUGACGCGGAUGAUGGCACGCUUAAAAUUAGCCGAUUGUUUUUCAGCGGGGCAUCGACCAAUCGGCGCGAGCGAGCUCGGAGGUCGCGGUUUUCGAUUCGUCGUCGGUGACAUCCCUGCAGUCGCGAUAACGGUCCGCGAUAAGAGCCGCGACAGCUUAUCGGCCGCGAUUCGCAGGCCUGCCUUUCGUUUUUUUAUUUUUUUUUUCAUCGCUCAAUGAUCGUCCCACCCCCUUUCCCCUCCGAUGGGAAAGACGCGGCAAAAUGGCGCGUGGAGAUCUCGCGCGAUUCGAGAAUCGUCGAACUGCGACCUCUGAUUAUUUUCGACUGGAUUUUAAUUAAGGAUACUAUGCGAUUUCGGACACGUCUUUCGACUUCGAUGUUUAUUUUCGCUUCCCUUGAGUUCCGGUGUAGCCAAAAGAGCGUCUUUGGCCAGCGAUCGAUCGUCGAUACGUUCGAUCGUGCCCUCGUUCCACGGUAGGAUUUCGGCUUCGUAGGCGCGUGCACACCCCACGUGUAUUUGCAAAUUAGCGGAGCUUUUGUCCCGUUUGCAUAGUUUCUUCCUCGAUAUACGUUUCCUCGGCUUCCCUAUUUCCGAUUUGCAAUCUCUGAACUAACGUUUGGCAAUUCGCGUCUAACUUUCCCUGAUUCGGACUAUCGUUCGAAACGUCACUUACCGACGACCCGAUAAACUUCUCUCAAUUUAAAUUUGCAUGGGAAAGUCGUGAUUACUUCUAUGCGAAUUAUUCCAGAGAAGCGUGAAAAUUCCCUCUAAUUUAUUUUGAAUUUUUAGGUCAUGGGGGACGCAGAGGAGGAGGUGGAGAAGCCUUUCGCGGUGGAGAAAGCCAAAACUGGGCGAGCGAAAUGCAAGAAGUGCAAAUGUCCGAUCCAGAAAGACGUCAUAAGGAUAGCCAAACUGAUGUCCAACCCCUUUGGGGAGGGAAAAAUGAAGAGCUGGCACCACGUCGCCUGCCUCUUCGAGGUGUUUGCCAAGCAGAGGGCCUCUACGAAGAGGAUAGACGACCCCGAAGAGGACGUCUCCGGAUGGAACGACUUGAACGACGAGGACAAAAACGUCAUCCUACAGAAGCUUGAGGACUUCGAGAAGUCUGCUCCCUACAACAUGGCGAAGGGAAAGACGCCCAAGAAACAAGUAAAAGACUGCAAUAAAACUAAAGAUGCAUCGUCCAUUAAACCGAAGAAAGCUUCUCCGAAAAAUCUGGCCAAAGCUUCGCCCAAGAAAAAAUUGAAUUUCGCUUCGAACGAAAUUUCAAACGAGCUCGAAAACAGUUCCUCAAAACCUGGUACUUCCGGAAUCUCGAAGGAAUCGGAAGAAGAGUCUUCGAGAGACAACUCCUUCAGGGAAUUUCGACGAAUCUGUUCCCAAAUCGCUGCAGAGAGUGCUUACACUGGAAAAACCGCAAUUUUGAAAACGUUCUUCACGAAGGGCAGCGAAGCAGGUAAAUUUCAAGGCGACUCGUUGCUCUGGUGCAAGAUGCUCCUGCCCGGCGCGGUGAAGAGGAUCUACAACCUCCGGAGCAAACAGCUGAUCAAGCUCUUUGCCAGGAUCUUCGGUCGCGGCGAGGACGAGAUGCUGGACCACCUGGAUCUCGGGGACGUCGCGGAGACCGUCCGCGUCUUCUUCGAGAAGAGCUCCUCCGUGAAGCCCUCCUCGAGGAGUCGGCUCUCCCUUGCAGAGGUCGACGGGUUUCUCGAGGAGCUCUCGCAGCUGACGAAGGAGGAAGAGCAGACCUGCCACAUCGGGUCCAUCGUUGGCAGGUGCACGGCGAAUGAUUUGAAGAUGAUCGUCAGACUGAUCAAACACGAUUUGAGGAUUAACGCGGGACCUAAGCACGUCCUGGAAGCCAUUCACGAAGACGCCUACAAGGCUUUCCAGGUCUCCAGAGACCUGGAUGCCGUUAUCGAGCGUUGCCUAUCGGUCCCCGAAGACCCUUCCACCUCUGCGAGCCCUUCGCUUUCUCCUAAAGGCAGCAAAGUGGCUCUCGCCCUGAUGACUCCGGUUUUGCCGAUGCUCGCGGAGGCAUGCAAAUCCGUGGAAAUGGCCACGAGGAAGUGUCCGUCGGGGAUGUUCGCCGAGGUCAAGUACGACGGAGAACGCGUCCAGAUUCACAAACGAGGAAGCGACUUCCGGUACUUCAGCAGAUCCCUUAAACCGGUGUUAGCCCACAAGGUGAAUCACUUCAAGGAUUACAUACCAAAGGCCUUUCCCGAUGGAGACGAUUUAAUUUUGGAUACCGAAAUAUUGUUGAUAGACAACAAGACCGGAAAGCCAUUACCUUUUGGAACCCUUGGAAAACACAAGAAAGCUGAAUUCAAGGAUGCCAACGUGUGCCUCUUCAUUUUUGACUGCAUUUAUUAUAAUGGCGAUCUGUUGAUGGAAAAGCCAAUGAAGGAGAGGCGAAGGAUCCUGAUGGACAGGAUAACGGAAAUCCCUAACAGGAUAAUGCUUUCCGAGACUCGCGAAAUUCAAGAUCCGAAGCACUUGACGGAGUUUAUAGUAAAGGUUUUGAAGCUGGGCCUCGAAGGACUCGUUCUGAAAAACGUUGAUGGAAAAUACGAGCCCGGAAAGAGGCACUGGCUGAAGGUGAAGAAGGAUUAUCUUUGCGGGGGAGCGAUGGCCGAUAGUGCAGAUCUCGUUGUUCUUGGCGCUUGGUAUGGCACUGGACAUAAAGGAGGAAUGAUGUCUGUCUUCCUGAUGGGCUGCUACGAUACCGACAAAGACAUUUGGCUGACGGUAACGAAGGUCCACACCGGGCACGAUGACGCCACUUUGAAAAGUCUUCAGGAUCAACUGGACAUGGUGAAGAUCAGCAAGGAUCCAAACCUUGUCCCGAAAUGGCUGCGAGCGAACAAACCAAUGGUUCCGGAUUUCGUGGCAAGAGAUCCCAAGAAACAACCAGUGUGGGAGAUUACGGGGGCGGAAUUUACGAAUCAGGGUGUCCAUACUGCCGAUGGUAUCAGUAUUCGAUUUCCCAGAGUGACUCGAAUUCGAGAUGACAAGGAUUGGAAGACGGCGACGAAUUUAAAGGAGCUAAGGAUACUUUUCCAAAAAAGUUCAGAGUCCAUGGAUUUCAGCCUCUUUUUACGAUCUAACGACGGGACUCAAGAGAGCUCGAAGACCUUAUUAGGCAGUUUAAAGAAAUUCGAGGAUAAAAAAGAAAUCGACGAUCCGGGGCCUUCGACUUCGGGACUCGCGGUAAAAGAGGAGAUCCCCGAGGACGACGAGGACCGGAAGCCGUCUUUGGAGGAUCUUCGAUCUUCCCUCAAUAAGGAGGGUAAAAGCGUUCCCGGAAAAGAAGACAAAUGGUUCGGGGUGAAAGUCAAAAUUGAGCCGAAGGAGAUAAAGAAUGAGGGCGAGAGAAAAAGAAAAAUCGAUAGAGCCGAAUUAAAGGAAUCUAAAGCGAAGAGAAAACAAAAUUCUGUCCCGAAGCAGGAAAAGGACGAUGUCGAAAUGCUCGUCAAGAAGGAACCAUGGCACCAGGAAGGUGAAUUUUCAGAGGGUAAUAAUCGAUCCGCCGAUUUUUAUGCAUUCCUCGGAUCCGAUUACAUCGAGUACAGCUCGGCUGGAAGUCCCUUGAAUUGGGUCGAAGGCCGUAGACCACCUAAAGGGCUGCCACCCGAUGCGAAGCCUUUGUCGAGUCGAGACGAUUCGGAGCUCCGCUCCAAGACGAUUUUAAAUGACGUCCGAGUGAUUUUAAGCAGAGACAUUAGGAAGAGUCGAAGAAAAGAGCUCAAACGGACGCUUAAGACUCUAGGAGCCAUGAUUUUGAGGAAAGAAGAGAGAUCCAGAGCAACGCAUGUCAUUCACGAUUGUAGAAAGCUCCCAGAGACUUAUCUUCGGGAAUUGGAGGAUAUUCCGAAAAAGGCGAGGCACGUGGACGCCUCCUGGGUGGAUGCCACUGUUAGAAAUUCGAAGGCACAGGACGACGCAAAUCACGCGGUAACCCUUUUUGGGGUAUAUUGCAGUUGUCCGUGCCCUCAUGGCAGGUAACGAGAAAGUAAAAUGAAUCAUGAAAAAAAAGUCCCCGACGCGAAAU